CCUGUGGUGACGCUUGUGCAGAACGGAGAGAUACGAUUCCAGCGGCUGCCUACGUCCUGAACACACCCGGUUGCGCCAUACCUGGCUUCAGUCCGGAUCACUCUAGCAUUGCGAAGUAUAAGGUCAAGGAACGGAUUCAGUUCAGCUGCUCCAAGAAGAGGCCCUUGACAGAGGCAGAUAGCAUAUCUCUCUACCUCUACGAAGACAGAGCUGCUGACUACGGCAUCCCCGGGCACGAGCUGGUGUGCGUUUAUCAAGGCAUUGUGAGGGUCGAGGAGAGUCCUGAGGAAUUUACGGUUCAGUGUGAUAGGCAGUUCAGACUGAACUCGAAGAUAUUAAUAACGAAAAACAGGACAUCUAUAGAAGAAGACGGAAUUCUCGUCAGCUGUUAUUUCAAAGAGAAGGAAAUAUACAAAAAUGUUCAUUAUUUUCUUCAACCGAGAAGAUCAAAGGAGAAGCGAGAGAAAUUCCAGGAGGAGCAUGCGGGGCAGCGGCACCACAUGCUCAGCGUCCUCAUCAUGGGCACGGACUCGGUGUCCCGUGCCAACAUGCGGCGCAACAUGCCCAGGACCUUCGACUUCCUGCAGCGCCAUCCCGACGUCCUCGACUUCCGGGCGUUCAACAAGGUCGCGGACAACACGAACCCGAACACCGUGGCCUCGCUGAUAGGUCUCACGCAGAAGGAGGUGCAUGAGACGUGCCAGUCCGAAAAGACGAAUUACGACGACUGCCCCCUCAUCUGGAAGAACUUCUCCCGCGCCGGCUACGUCACCCUCUACGGCGAGGAUUGCCCGCUCUUCGGAGCCUUCCACUACCACCGGUUCGGCUUCGUCCGCGAGCCCACCGACUACUACAACCGGCCGGCCAUGCUCGCCGCAGACCGCUUCACGAAGCACAAAGCCGGCCAGAAGCACGUCAUGGGCCUCUGCCUGGGGGGAGACACGGCGAUAUCCGUGAUCCACAAGUACUCGCUGAUGGCCGCUGACUCUCUGCGAGACACGCCCUACUUCGGCUUCUUCUGGAACUCGGGGAUGACGCACCAGAGGGUCGAGUGGGCGUCGGCGGCGGACGAACCUUCGCUCCAGUACCUGAAGGCGCUGCAGGAGAGCGGCGUGAUGGACCACACCAUCGUCUUCUUCAUCAGCGACCACGGCAUCAGGUUCGGGGACAUACGCUUGACCUACGCAGGCUUCCUGGAGGAGAGGCUGCCCUACUUCUUCGCCCUCUUCCCCCCCUGGUUCAAGGAGAGGUUCCCCGGGGCCUGGCAGAACCUCGUCACCAACACAGACCGACUCGUGUCCAACUUCGACUUCCACGUGACGCUGAGGGACAUCCUGGCCGGGGCCUUUGCGAGCCCUUCGCGCGACUUGCCCCCCCUCCGACAUGGCCAGAGUUUGUUCGAGGAAAUCCCCGUGAACAGGACGUGCGCUGACGCCACCAUUCCUGAACAUUACUGCACCUGUGAACACCAGAGCGAGGUGUCCGUUGACGACAAGAUACUGCUGGACGCUGCGACCUACACUGUCUCUCAGUUGAAUGAGCAACUCGCAAGAUUUGAGGAAUGUGCGCAAUUGUAUGUUCAGAAGAUCAUACGAGGUCAAGUUGGGUCACGCAGAAAGGGGGCGGAGUCAAAGGAGAAACACCCGAUCUCUGUCAUCACCGUUCUCUUUGAGACUCUGCCAGGUGAAGGAAAAUUGGAAGCGACACUCACUCACCACAAAAAUGAAUUUGAACUGACGGCAGAAAUUUCCAGAGUCAACAUGUACGGCAACCAGAGCCAUUGCAUAUCGGAUCCCUUCUAUCAAAGAUAUUGUUAUUGCAACGACCUGCUCCCCGCUUCCCCGACGGCGCUCGAGUGAGGAACAGCGACGUUGUUAUUUCGUGAUUUCUUUUGCAAAUUAUUUGGUGAGUGCAGGGAUUUUUUUUUUCUUUCUCGCUUUCCGUUGAGAAAAUACUAGGAACAAUGUCAUUAUUUUUUCUCCAAGGAAUUUCAUAUUUAUUGGUUUAGAAAUCUAGGGGGAAGGAAACCAAGAACUAGAAAAAUAUAGUAUAUUUUAGGUACCAUGACUUACGUGUUUCUCUCACCGUGGCGUGUUUCUGUCUGAUUUACUGGCGACUCAUCUCCUCCCGGCAGCGAGUCAAGGCCCAGCUUAUCGUACCGUAUACAUCUUUAUAGCCCUAAAGAAUAAUUCCAGAAUAAGUACCUUAGCUACAGAGUCCCCUUAAUUUUGCACAUACUCAAGAUAAUGAAUAUAACUUGCGCGACGUAACUGCUGGUUCGGCCAAUCAGCGCGAGAAUGGGUGGUUGCAAGGGCAGAAGAUUGCAAGCUGGCGAGGAAAACUUGCUUUGGUGAGAAUUGUGGUUUUGUUUUACCUACAUGGAAGGAUUUCCUAUUUAGGUAACGAGAGGUAAGCAUCCCCUUUUCCUUCGCCUUGAAACCACGGUAAAAUAAAAACGAAGAUGAUCAGACAAUUAAUCUAAUCAUGAUGAUAUAACAAUUAAGUUUUAACCUAUGAUUCUAGCCUGUGGGUUUAAACCAACCAGAUCUCAAUUGCCAUCAUAACAAUAUUUCCUAAACGCGUAAAUAAACCACGAGACCUUAUUUGUGGUUUUGUUCAAGUAAUAUGACACUUUGACUCGAAGGGUGUUCGUACGUCUGACAGCUCACGAAACUUGAAAUGACUGACGAUUCCCCAUUGUUUAUCUCUCGUUCAUACCCUGAAAAAAUAUACAGCGAAUAGGCCUGAGCCUUAUCCCUAUAUUUCUAAUGCUUCCCCUCGUCUCUUAUUCACAAGGCGCAACCACUCAAUGACAGGGAAUCAGGCAGACGUUGUCAUACUCCGUCCAGUCUUAGGAAAGGACUAACUGGCAAGUCAAUCCAGACUAUAGACUACUCCGAUUCGUAAAGUUUCCUUCUGAGAUGAAUUGGUGUGAAGCAAUAAUGUAUGUAAUGUCUUUUUCUAGACAUAUAUAAUGUUUUUUGUUGUUUUAUUAAUUCUAGACAGGGUAAUAACUUUCAGCUUCUGGACAUGUGUUGUUUUUUUUCUUUGUUUUUGUUAAUUCGUAUUUAUUGUUGAACUAGGACUGUUACAGCUGCUGAUGUUGCUAUAUAACCGUAAUAAAUAAAAUAUAAAUAAUGAUUAUACUAUAUUUGUAGUGACAGUGUAGUAAUUGUGGUUGUGAUAUUGCGGAGUUAUUUAUAGCAUACCCCAUAAGCUUUACGAAUAGACAAUGCAUUACAAAGUAGUAGUAUUUCGAGAACCGAUUAAUUGUAGAGAACUUGUUAUGGGUUACAAUGUUGGUGACUGAUUAUCGCCGUUCUUGCGAGUCGUGAUUUUGUAAUAGUGAUUUUUUUUUUUUUUUUUUUUUUUUUUUUUUUUUUUUUUUUACAAUAAAACUUAUCUGUUUCAAAGCUGAACCGGAUUUUGGUCAACAUUGUUUGGAAGUUAUUUUAAUGAAGUGAAUGGAGGAAAAACUGCACAUGCACACACACACACACACACACACACACACACGCAGACGGAUUUUUUUUUAUAGUCCAUUCUAUAAUUAUGGCGAUACUUGGACGUGUGCAUAAACAGUUCUCAUGUUUUAAAGCUCCUUGUGUGCCUUCUGAAUGUGAUGUUCAAUAUUUCUCAUUUUACUGAUCAAUUUAAUACUUGUAUCGCUAUUUAUUACUAGGUUUGUUGUGUUAUGCUUACUGUGAUUCCAGAAAUCCGAUGUACGUAUUUUUAGGAGAUAUUAAAUGUUCUAUAUUUUA